AUGCAGUCCGCAAAGAAUAUUACUAUCAUUGCCGCGUCGGGAACGCUUGGCUCGGUUGUUCUAAAGAAGCUUCUGGAUGUGGGCACUUUCACUGUCACAGUCCUGAGGCGUGCUGGUUCUUCUUCCAGCUUUCCUGACACCGUCAAGGUUCUUGAUGUUGACUACUCGUCUCACGAGUCUCUGAAAUGUGCCUUUGCCGGGCAAGAUAUUGUUCUGUCAUUCGUUCCUACCGUCGCGGCCGAGUCACAGAUCGCCCUCAUCAAUGCCGCCGCCGAGGCCGGUGUAUCUCGCUUCAUACCCUCCGAAUAUAGUGCAAACCUCGACAAUGAGAAGGCGCGCACUCUCCCUAUCUUCCGGCCCAAGGUCAAAGUUCAGGAGCACCUGGUGGAGAUGGCCAAGCGCUCCACUCUCACCUAUACCUUUAUAUACGGCGGUGCCUGGCUCGACGCGGGCUCGAGUCGCAGUUUCGUACUCGACUUCUCGGGCCAGAACACCUGCCUAUAUGAUGGUGGUGACGUGCCAUUCAGCGCAACCACUCUCGGAUCUGUUGCCGAGGCCGUCAUAUCUACCCUUACGCAUCUGGACCAGACCCGAAACCGAUCAGUAUUCGUCCACAGCCUUGUCACGACACAGAAGCAUUUGGUAUCUCUAGCCAAGGAAGUGGCUCCGGAACUAUCAUGGGACACGACCACCAGCAUCAAACUCGAUGACUUGACUGCCAAGUCAGACAAAAGACUGGCACAGGGCCUAUUGGACUUCGAGACUUUCAGCCCAUACAUCUUCCGUGCUAUAUUUGACCCGAGCUUUGGUGGAGUAUACUCCAGGACAGACAACCAGCUUUUGGGCAUUCGAGAAGCCUCAGACGAGGAUGUGAAGGACAUUUUCAGGAGGGUUUUGAAGCGUUGA